UCAUAUGAUUUUUUUUAGAAAAAAUAAUUUUUUAAAAUCUUAAAAAAUCAAACCUAUCUUUAUCACUUCAAACGAAAAAACGGAUCAAUCGAACCCCCUCCAGUGCCGCCAUUGACGAAUACUUCUCACUGAAUCAGCCCUUACACAUAUUUCAGUCCCGCUACAGACCUCGAAUGAAGUCUGCCGCGAAUGGCUCGAAUGAGCUGGCGGGCUGUUCUUCACGCGUUGGCCAAUUGCACCAAAACUUGUGUGGAUUUCAAGCGCCUACAAAACAAGAUUAGAAAACAAAUCAGCUCUUCUAGGGAGAUAGAAAGAGAUACGACGACAACCUAGAGGGCGACGACGAUCUAGGUGGCACCGACGACAAAGAAGACCACCGCUGACCAUUGACCACCGUCUACCACUCUCCAAUUCCUCUGGUUUCUCUGAAAAUUUUGGCCCCCACCCACCAAGAACCAACUGAUUCGUGGGUCACUACUGAGCUUCAAAAAGCAACAAAAGGAUGGAAGGUUCAAACAAUCCGAGUGAGGAAGUUCAAGAACCGAAGAGUGGUGAAGUUGAAGAACCUAAGCAGGGGAUGUAUUUUAGCUCAAAGCAAGAAGUGUAUGCAUUUUAUGCAAAAUAUGCGAAGCACUUUGGGUUUGCUAUAGCUUAUGGAACACAAAAUUAUGGUAAUGAUGAGGAACUAAAAUACUUUGGAAUUGAAUGUAUUCGGACAAGGACGAGAAGAAAAAGAUUAGAAGUAAACCCUCUGGAACCAUCUUUGUCAUCCAAAAAUGAUUGUAAAGCAAAAGUAAGAGGGAGUCUACAAAAGGAUAGAACAUUUAAGUUGACAACUGUUGUGCUUGAGCACACUCAUGACUUGGUUCCUACUGACUCACGGCAUUUUGCAAUGAAUAAGAGAAUUUUUACUCCUGUAAAAAGAAGAUUAGAAAUAAACGAUGAGGCAGGGAUAGGGGUGGCUAAGAAUUUUCAUUCUAUAGUUGUUGAAGCGAGGGGAUAUGAGGCAUUAACAUUUGACGAACGAGAUGCAGGGAAUCACAUUGAGAAGGCUAGAAGAUUGAGGCUUAGGGUAGGAGAUGCCGAAUCAGAUGCACUUUAUUUUCAUAGGAUGCAACAACAAAAUUCGAACUUCUAUUCUGCAAUGGAUUUUGAUGGAGAAGGACGCUUGCGAAACUUAUUUUGGGCUGACGCAAGGGGUAGAGCAGCUUAUAAAGCAUUUGGGGAUGUUGUUACAUUUGACACAACCUAUCUUACAAACAAAUAUGGCAUGCUGUUUGUUUCGUUUGUAGGAGUUAAUCACCAUUGACAGUCAAUUUUGUUUGGUUAUGGGUUGUUAUGUAAUGAGAAUACUUAGACAUUUAUAUGGCUAUUCAGAGCUUGGUUAAAUUGCAUGUCUGACACUCCUCAAAAAGCUAUAAUAACUGACCAAUGCAAAGUUAUGCAAAAUGCCAUAGAAAUUGUUUUCCCACAAGCCCGACAUCGUUGGUGCUUAUGGUAUAUAAUGAAGAAAAUUCCAGAGAAAUGGAGAGGAUAUUCAUAAUAUGAAUCCAUAAAGUUUGCUUUGCAAAAUGCAGUUUAUGAUUCUUUCACAAAAGAUGAAUUUGAUUAAGAAUGGCAAGCGAUGAUUACAAAAUUCAAUCUAAAUGAUAACGAGUGGUUGGGGGUAUUAUACGGUGAGCAACAUAGGUGGAUUCCUGCCUAUAUUAAAGAUAUUUUUGGACUGGCAUGUCAACUACACAACAAAGUGAGAGCAUGAAUGCAUUUUUUGAUAGAUAUGUGAACUCGAAGACUACUUUAAAGCAAUUUGUUAAGCAGUAUGACAAUGCCUUGAGAAGUAAGGUGGAAGGAGACCAAAGCUGACUUUAAAUCUCGAAGCAAAUUGUAUGAUUGCUUUACGAUGUAUGCUUUUGAGAAGCAAUUUCGUGCAGCCUAUACAAAUGCAAAAUUUAAAGAAGUUCAAGCAGAAUUGAAACAACUAUUGUACUGUCAUGCGACUCUUGUCAAAGAGGAAGGAUCAAUUUGUACUUAUCAAGAAAUUGGAAUUUGUUGUGUACUGUAAUUCAAUUGAAUGUGACAUCCAAUGUGUGUGUCGGUGGUUUGAAUUUAGGGGUAUUAUGUGUGCCCAUUCACUUAAUGUGCUCAUUGAGAGGUGCAUACAUGAGGUCCCAGAUAAAUACAUUGUGCCGAGAUGGAGAAAAGAUUUAGAAAGAGAGUACACAUGCAUUCCAACCACAUACACUAAAUCUGGGGUUGUUCUCAAUGCAAAGGUGCAUGAUAACUACCACAAGACAUUGGAUGAAAUUAUAAAAAUUGCUUCCAACGAUGAUGGUAAACACAAAGUUGUUCAACUUGGGUUGAUAGAAAUCAAGGAUAGAGUGAGAAAAGAGCAAUCGGGUUGUGCAAGUAAUGUGUCACCUUCUACUAGUACUGUCCCACCUUUUAAUACUUCCCCCAAAACUUUGCCUAGUUGCAGUACUACAAAUGCAAGUAUGACUCGCAAGGUGCUUAGUCCUAUGGUUGCUCGCCGAAGAGGCCGUCCAUGUACCAAACGGAAAGUUAGCAAAGUGGAUGAAAUAGUGAAUCGGUUGAAGGGAAAGAAUAAAAAAGCUCCAAAAGUAUAGGCACGUGAAAUCCACACAAGUUUUGGUGCAACUGGCUGAUGCGUGAAGAACGGGCCAGCUCAUUCGAGCCAUUCGCGGCAGACUUCAUUCGAGGUCUGUAGCGGAACUGUAAUAAGAAUACAGAGAUAUGGUUUCUUCUUGUAAGGUUGUUGCAAAAUAGAAAACCUUUCUUCCCAGAAAGAAACAGUUCUUUACAGUCUUUUCAUAUGGAUCCAGAGGCUGCACGGGCAGCCCAGGAAUCUCUGGACCUGGUGUUUCACAUGUCAAACAUUCUUGACGCUGGGCUCGAUCGCCACACCCUCUCUAUCCUCAUUGCCCUCUGUGAUCUGGGCCAGAAUCCCGAGGCAUUGGGUGUCGUUGUCAAGGAGCUCCGAAGGGAACCUUCUUCCUCAUCUCCAAUGCCAACAAGUUCUUCAUCCGUACACUAGAAGGUGUUAUUUUCUGCAAAGUAUUGAAGGGAGGAGAUUUUUGUUGCUUUUAUAGUUCCCCAACGUGUUCUUCAGUUACCUUAACCUAGAUUUCAAAACUAUUUCUUCUAUAUGGUUUUCAUAUCUUGAGACAAGUUUAUGUUUCGAGUAUAGGUAAAAGACAUUUUGAUGAGGUAUUGAGUAAUGCUAUGAUGAUUACAUUUGAUUUACUAUCUCAAUUUUUAUAA